AUGCCUCCGGUUGCUCGAAGCCUUGCCGUGCUUCCCCGGCCGCAGUUGGCCGCUGCCAGGCGUCUAAUUACCACAACUUCCUUCUCGGCCGCAGCCCGGCCGGCACAGCCAGCAAGUCCGCAACAGCAGCAGCCGCAACAGCAAUGCCGACAUCGCCAUCCCAUUGUCAGCUUCGGCCUUUUGCAGCACGUCCCGGCCGCUGCUCACGCCCCCACGCGUCUCCGGCGCCGUGCCUACCACUCUCUCGACCGCCCGGAAGAGCCGUCACCACAGGACCGCUUCAGCUCCGAGGAGCAGGCCAUUCUGUCGGCUGCCUAUUGCCAUGUUCCCGAGCACGGCUUCUCCGACCAGACUCUCGCCCUUGGCGCCCGUGACGCCGGCUACCCCUAUAUCAGCACCGCCAUCCUGCCCGACGGCGUCUUCAGCCUCGUCCGCUGGCACCUCGUCAGCCAGCGUGUCGCCCUGGCUUCACGCUCGCAGGCCGUCUUCCAUCAGGACGCUGCCAAUUCGCCACAGUCAGGCCCUCUCUCACCGACCGACAUUGCUGCUCGUGCUGAACGCAUCACGUGGGAACGCCUGAUGGGCAACAAGGCCGUCUUGGGCCGGUGGCAAGAAGUGUGUCCUCUCGUCUUCUUCUCACCCCCCUCAAUCCUCUCUGCUGACUCGGUUAUCCAGGCCCUCGCUAUCAUGGCACAGCCCAGCUUCGUGCCCGCUUCGCUGCGAGAGCUCGCUCGACUUGUCGACGAGAUCUGGGCCCUCGCUGGCGACACCUCGGCUGACCCGUCGUGGUACUCCAAACGCGCUUCUCUCUCUGCCAUCUACGCCUCCAGCGAGUUGUUCAUGACCACUGACCCCGACCCAGAGUUUGCUGCCACUCGCGACUUUCUCCACCGCCGUUUUCAAGAAGCUCAUGAUGUCGGUGGCUACCUCAAUGCCGUCGGCCAGUGGGCCGGCUUUGCUGCCAGUGCCAGCGUGAAUGUCCUCCGAAGCAAGGGUGUGCCCAUUUGA